CGUGGGGGCUUUGAAGAUAGAGGACGAGACCCUCCGCCCCCUCCCCCCACUACACGCACACCGCCGGGGGCGCUGGCCGUGCCGUCCGCGCAGGGACCCGCGAGGCAGGGAGGGAGUGGGCCGAGGGGGAGGCGGAGGCCGCAGCCCUAAGAGAUGAUAGCAUCCCAGUUAAUGGAUGAAGAAAGUCAGGCUCAGACAAGUGAAGGAACGUGUCCAGGAUUGUACAACUGGUGACAAGCAGAUUUCAGGUUUAUACCGGGUCCGACUUCUGAAGGGCUUUGCUUAAUUGUCAGGCGAUCUGGUGAACCUAAGUCUGAAGACUUGCCAGGAACCCUGAUUGCUGACCUUCAACGUGUUCAUUAUGAAGUUUUUAGUAAUACUUUUGUUUUCUGGACUUAUAGCGGGUUGUAGAGGUAACUCUUCCUAUAAUUUGCCACCCAAGUUAUUACUGGUGUCCUUUGAUGGCUUCAGAGCUGACUAUCUGAAGAACUAUGAAUUUCCUCAUCUCCAGAAUUUUAUCAAAGAAGGUGUCUUGGUAGAGAAUGUUAAAAAUGUUUUUAUCACAAAAACAUUUCCAAACCACUACAGUAUUGUGACGGGUUUAUAUGAAGAAAGUCAUGGCAUUGUGGCCAAUUCUAUGUAUGAUGUAGUCACAAAGAAACAUUUUUCCGACUCUAAUGACAAGGAUCCUUUUUGGUGGAAUGAGGCAGUCCCUAUUUGGGUGACCAAUCAGCUUCAGGAAAACAGAUCAAGUGCUGCUGCUAUGUGGCCUGGUACUGAUGUACCCAUUCAUAAUACUGUACCUUCCUAUUUUAUGAAUUAUAGCUCCUCAGUGUCAUUUGAGGAGAGACUAAACAAUAUUACCAUGUGGCUAAACAAUUCGAGCCCACCAGUCACCUUUGCAACACUCUAUUGGGAAGAACCAGAUGCAAGUGGCCACAAAUACGGACCUGAAGAUAAAGAAAACAUGCGCAGAGUGUUGAAAGAAGUAGACGAUCUUAUUGGUAACUUAGUCCAAAAACUCAAGAUGUUAGGAUUAUGGGAAAAUCUUAAUGUGAUCAUUACCAGUGAUCAUGGGAUGACCCAGUGUUCUCAGGACAGAGUCAUAAAUUUGGAUCUCUGCAUCGAUAAUUCAAGCUACACUCUUGUAGAUUUGAGCCCAGUUGCUGCAAUACUUCCCAAAAUAAAUAGAACAGAGGUUUAUAAUGCACUGAAAAACUGUAGCACUCACAUGAAUGUUUAUCUCAAAGAAGACAUUCCUGACAGAUUUUAUUACCAACAUAAUGACAGAAUUCAGCCUAUUAUUCUGGUUGCUGAUGAAGGCUGGACAAUUGUGCUGAAUAAAUCAUCACGAAAAUUAGGCGACCAUGGUUAUGAUAAUUCUUUGCCUAGUAUGCAUCCAUUUCUAGCUGCCCACGGACCUGCAUUUCACAAAGGCUACAAGCACAGCACAAUUAACAUUGUGGAUAUUUAUCCAAUGAUGUGCCACAUCCUGGGAUUACAACCACAUCCCAAUAAUGGAACCUUUAGUCAUACGAAGUGCUUGUUAAUUGACCAGUGGUGCAUAAAUCUCCCUGAAGCCAUUGGGAUUGUUAUCGGUGCACUCUUGGUGUUAACCACGCUAACAUGCCUCAUGAUAAUUAUGCAGAAUAGACUAUCUGUACCUCGUCCAUUUUCCCGACUUCAGCUACAAGAAGAUGAUGAUGAUCCUUUAAUUGGGUGACAUGUGCUGGUGUUUAUACAAAGUGUCUUUGAUUAA